GUUCUCAGUGGAGCUCUGAGAGUGGUCCUGCUCUGUCUUCUCUCUCUCUGUCUGAGAGGUGCUGAAGUUCUGGACCGUCUGAGAGGAAAUGAAGUUCCGGAAGUGAACCCUAAUACUCUGGCUUGCAUCAUCAAUGACCUUCACACCAGGUACAAUCCACAACAUGGACAUCAGUUUGCACUGGCCAUCAAUGUUCCAGUUCAUUACUGUGUGAAUGAGGACUCUAAACUUGAUAAAGAUUUUCUCAAGAAUGAUGAUCCAACUGAUGCAAUACAGGCUAUGAAUAACGAUGACAGGGUUUAUGUAGGGACGUCCUUGAUUGGUGCAACAAAAAAAAAAGAUGGCAAAACUCUGUACCACUCUGAGUAUCUUCUGCUGAAACAAAAGAAACCAGAUGAGACCCCCAUGCAGAUGCUCCUGAAACAAAACAGAAAAGGUUGUGUGAUCUUCUACACCUACUACAGCCCCUGCCUCGGCACUUGCUUAAACCCUGCAAAUAAAAAGUUCAAUAUUUUCACUGCUCUCAAAGAAUUUGGAGAGCACCAAGGUCCUAAAGCUUUGGUUUUCAGGGAACUUUAUGGUAAAGAGGAGAGAAACCAAUUUGAAAAAGCCUUUCAAUCUGUAAAUAAUGAAAACGUUCCACUUUAUCGCUGUGAUAAUACUGUGUGCAACAGUUGUGUUGAAGAUGGAAAAGUAAAAGCUGAAUGUCUGCCUCAGAGAUCGUGUUAUUUAGCCUAGAUUUUAGUGGACGACUGCUGGACGCCUGAAACUUGA